CACUACGUUUGAUAUUUGAACGCAAUUAAAGUAAUUGAGUUGAAAGAUGAGGAUCGUUCUUGCUGUUGUUGUUUUAGCUAUAACUCUGAUUUCGGCUGAGGCCUGGAGCGAGUUGAAACUGAAGUUGUCAAACAAUGCCCAGAAUUGCAAAGAAUCGAGUCAAGUCGAUCCGGAUUUGAUUACAAAAGCGCAGAAAGGUGAAUUCGUCGAGGAUCCGAAAUACAUGAAUUACACCUUCUGCUUGACCAAAGCUAUGAACAUCUUAGAUGCCGAAGGGAAUUUCAAGGAGAAGAAUUUGCUGACCAAUCUGCUGGAUAAUGUUCACUCGAUGCUGAAGAGUUGCGAAGCUGAGAGCGAAAAGGAGACGGGAAAUGGAAAGAGAUCUUUCAUCUAUUUGAGAUGUUUGCAGGAUAGUUUUCUAAACGACGUCAAUAUGUCAAAGAACGCUUUUGAUUAAUUAAUGUACUUUAUUUAGUAAAUAAAUGAAUAUUGUCUACAAUUUAA